AGAUAAUUUGGCAAACAUCAGUUUCUUAUUACAAAUGCAAAUGUUUGACGUUGGACUAGUAUAAAUAAAGAGCUCGAUGUACAAAAAUUAUAUCAUAAUAUUGAGAAAAAUGGAUCAAACAUACCUUUCUAAUUUCAUCAAUAUUCAUCCUUAUAUAGCUGGACUCAACAGACCAAUAAUAUAACUGAUGGAAUGUACGAAAAAGGAAAAGGAAGGAGGUACUGCCGGGAUAAUCAUCAGUUUACGUUAUCAUCUUAUAUCUUGAAUGCACCGAGUCGCGUGGAAGAUAUCCAAUCUGACCUUCCAUUUUUAUCUAUAUUUUAAAUAAAUUUAAAUAAACUUGUUCAGCAGAAAACUCGUUAUUACGUGAACCAGAUAGAAAAAAAUGGUCGGAACAGUGAAAUCAAAUCAGUUUUAAAUUUUUAAUGGAUAGGAAAGGGUUCACAAUGGAAAAGGGAAACAUAGACGAUAUUUGGACAUUACAAAAAGUUGGCACACCUUUUCCACCAAAUGUUGCAAAAGCUCCUGGUGAGACAAAUAAGUACGUCGCAUUAUGGUAUAAACACGGAAAACCAGUGAUGGGCAGAGCUUGGAACGAUUCUGGAGUGGUGAAGUGCAUGUUUGUUCUCGAUGAUAAGAUAUAUAGUGGAGCAGAUGUCGGAGGAAGCAUUCAAUUACUUAUUCUCGAUCAUAUUGAAAAAUCAAAAUCAUUUCAUUAUGAUUGGGUAAACUUCAAAAAAGCACAAAGUUUGACAAUUGAAGGAAAAUAUGAAAUGGUUCGAUGUGAAUACAGUGCAUCAAUGUAUUGGCCGGAGCAUGGACUAUUAGGAUGCGUGAACACAGAGAAGCUUGUCGCACAUUUUGUUGAUAACGAAAUGCAAAUUAAAACCACCAAAAAGUUGGAACAUCUUUUGGUUCUGUGUAAGAUUGCUGGAUCAAGAGACGCGACUGAAAAAGAAAAGGAAAAGGGUUCCACUGGAAGUGCUUCAAAGUUAUUGACAGUCGUCAACGAUUGGGAGGAUUUCAAUUGGGGAAGUGCGUGGCCAUCCAAUAAAAAUGUAAUGUCUAUACCAAAAAACAUCCCAUCGGCAGGCAUUGAUCAAUUUGUUGCGUUAUGGUAUCGGCAUGGGAAACCAAUUAUGGGAAGGGCAUGGCAAAGCAAUGGAAGAAUUGAAGCAUCUUUUGUAGACGCUAAACGAGAAUUCACGGGAGCAACAGUCGGCUCACUCCAACUUUUGAUCAGUUUGCCACCUACUACAGUUGGUUAUGAUUAUGUAUGGAUGACCUACACACAAGCAAUUGACUACCGUGACAAAGACUACGUUCCAGUUCAUCUCAGCUACAUUUGUCCUGCCAUUGUUCCAGUCGAUGGAAAAUUUUUUCUAGGACAGGUGAACAUGAAGACCGAGUGUGCUACAGUGGCCCUGAACGGUUCGGUGACCCAAUUGGAUGGAGGACCCGUCAAAUCGAUCAUGGUUCUUUGCAGAAAAGAAAUGGCUGAGACGAUGCUCAUCUGAUCGAGAAUGAACAAAAGGUUUCUUCAAUCCCAUCUGUUUCACAAUGUAUCUCUCAAUCUUGAUUUUCGUUUGUCAAAUGUUUCAAGGAUAAUUCAAUAAAAAGAGUGAAACUUAU